CUGCUUCUUCAACCUUUUAACAAUAUGGCCGCCUGUUGUUUAGGGUAAUGUGGCGUUCAGCGAAAUCGUAUGAAAAUUUUAAAACAUUUAUCAGUGACGUAAAGAUGUAUCAAGUUUACAGUGUUUUAUAGCAGCGUUUUACGCGAAGACAGUUUUAUGUACCAUUUAUAUUGGUGUUUAAAAUUUUGAAUGCACAAAAAACAUCAAAAUUGGACAGUCAACAAAUCUUGUUUAUUACAUCGAAGCGGAAAUAUUUAUCUUGGCAGAGUAUACGCGAUUAUGAACCAUUCUUAUUCUUUAUAAAAUAGUUGAACAAGGACUGAUAAUAGGUUAUGGCAAACUUGAAUUUUCAACAAGUGCCUCGAAGCCUAGCUAGUGGCGGAGUUGGUGGCGUUGGAGGCAGAGUGAGCUCAGGUCUUGUUGGUAGUGUCUCAGGACAUGUGACACCAACUUUUGGGGGCGCCUUGUCGCCUGGCCGUAAUUCAACUGCAAUGCCAGGCGGAGCUCCCCCAUCAAUGGCAUCUAGAGCUACGCUGUUUGGUCAACGAGCUUUUGCAGACCGAAGGGUUACAAUGCCAACAACUUUAUCUCAAGCUAAUUCUAAUUCAAUGUCGAGUAUGAGUAAUCUGUCACGGUUCAACGCUGGCAACAACUACCAUUCAGUUUUUGGUGAAGGUGGUGAUACAUCAACACCACCACUUCUGGACCUAAGCGAAUUUCCAUCACUAACAGCAAGAGGCGCGGGUGACCAAGCACCCACUACAGCACCACCACCUCCGGGCUCUAAACCCUAUGUUGGUAUGGUGAAGCAGCCGACAUCGGAACAAUCAGAAUUUACAAUGUCUUCGGAAGAUUUUCCGGCGUUACCCGGCACGUCGACAGGCGCCAGUACGACGGGCGGCGCGACGGCGGCGGCGGUGGCGGUGGCCGGCGCCGGCGCCUCCACGGUCUCCGCGCCCGCACCUGCAGACAUUGCACACGCACCAGACAAGACGCGCAAAGGAAUACAGACUUCUCCUGAAGUUGUCAAUCAAGGAGCGCAUAAUAUGGAAUUUUACGGCAAAGUAACAAACAUACCGGAUACAAUGAUACCAAACCAAUUUGGAAUAGUCGGUCUAUUGACUUUUAUCCGUGCUGCGGAAUCGGACCCUAGUCUAGUAUCGCUAGCAUUGGGACAGGAUUUGACUGCUUUAGGAUUGAAUUUAAAUUCACCUGAUAACCUUAACUUGACGUUUGCUGGCCCAUGGGCGGAUACGCCUUGCAGACCACAGGACAUGGAUUAUCACGUACCUCCCGAAUAUCUAAUUAAUGGUUCAAUAAGAGAAAAACUAGCGCCUCUACGACUCGGAAGAUAUAAAGAAGAUCUAUUAUUCUAUUUGUUCUACUGUUUCGUUGGUGACGUUUUACAAAUUGCGGCUGCAGCAGAGUUAUACAAUCGCGAAUGGCGAUAUCAUAUGGAGGAGAAGGUGUGGAUCUCACAAGCGCCCGGCAUGCCAAUGGUCGAGAAGACUUCAACGUACGAACGCGGCACCUACUACUUCUUCGAUGCGCACAAUUGGAGAAAGGUGCCGAAAGAGUUUCAUUUGGAUUACAGCAAGCUGGAGGGUCGGCCGCAGUUACCGCCCCAUGUGCUCACGUAGCGCAUCCACGCCUCUCACUCUAUUGUAGUUUUGUUAUAUAAAAAGUACAAGUUUAAAGACGA